AUGGGUAGAACAUUUGGAGCACGCCAUAUGUCAAUUGAAACUCGGAAGUCUAUUCUUCGAGGAAUCGAUCAAGGAAUGAACCAAUUCGAAUUAGCAAAGCUCUUUGAUGUCUCCAGAGCGACCAUCUCCGCUUUUCUGAAGAGGGUAUCAACGUGUGGAGUAACGCCGAACCCGGGAGAAAGCCGGAUGACUCCACGAUUUGCCGAUAGGAACAUCUUUCGAAUGAGUCGUGCUAAUCCUAGGCUCACCGCCUCUGAUAUUCAAAGUGAAUUGGCCAUCGCAAAUCAACAGAUCCCAUCAGUUAGAACUGUUUAG